UGACCAGGCGCAGGAAGGGGCGGGGUGGGCUUGACGUACGCACGUCUGCGUGCCUGCCGGGUGAGGCGGAAGCCGGAAGCGCGGUCCAGGAGUGAUGGCAGCCGGAGGCCUGAGCCGCUCAGAGCGCAAGGCGGCGGAACGAGUCCGGAGGCUGCGGGAGGAACAGCAGCGGGAGCGUCUUCGCCAGGUGUCGCGCAUCUUGAGGAAAGCGGCGGCGGAGCGCAGUGCUGAGGAGGGCAGGCUGCUGGCGGAGAGUGAGGACCUAGUAACGGAACUACAGGGCCGGAGCCGGCGACGUGAGGGUCUGAAGCGGCGUCAGGAAGAGGUGUGCGAUGACCCUGACGAGCUACGAAGGAAAGUCCGGGAGCUGGCCAGUGCUGUCCGGAACGCCAGAUACUUGGUGGUCUACACAGGUGCAGGCAUCAGUACGGCAGCCUCUAUCCCAGAUUACCGGGGCCCGAAUGGAGUGUGGACGCUGCUUCAGAAAGGGAGGAGUGUGAGCAGCGCUGCUGACCUGAGUGAGGCUGAGCCCACCCUCACCCACAUGAGCAUCAUGCGUUUGCAUGAGCAAAAACUGGUACAACAUGUGGUGUCUCAGAACUGUGACGGGCUCCACCUGCGAAGUGGGCUGCCUCGAACAGCCAUCUCGGAGCUCCACGGGAACAUGUACAUUGAAGUUUGCACCUCCUGCAUCCCCAACAGGGAGUAUGUGCGUGUGUUUGAUGUGACAGAACGCACCGCUCUCCACCGACACCAGACAGGCCGGACCUGCCACAAGUGUGGGGCUCAGCUCCGAGAUACCAUUGUGCACUUUGGGGAGAGGGGAACACUGAGGCAGCCUCUGAACUGGGAAGCAGCAAUGGAGGCUGCCAGCAAAGCAGACACGAUCCUGUGUUUAGGGUCCAGCUUGAAGGUUCUAAAGAAGUAUCCCUGUCUCUGGUGCAUGACCAAGCCCCCUAGUCGGCGACCCAAGCUCUACAUUGUGAACUUGCAGUGGACUCCAAAAGACGACUGGGCUGCCCUGAAGCUUCACGGGAAGUGUGAUGAUGUCAUGCAGCUCCUCAUGGAUGAACUGGGCUUAGAGAUCCCCCUCUACAACAGGUGUCAGGACCCCAUCUUCUCCAUGGCAACUCCCCUGCGAGCUGAUGAAGAAGGCAGCCACAAUCGAAAGUCACUAUGCAGAAACAGAGAGGAGGCCCCACCCGAGGACCGGAGCACCCCUCUUAGCUCUGCUGCCAUCCUAGGGGGCUGGUUUGGCAGGGGCUGUGCCAAACGUGCAAAGAGGAAGAAAGCGACAUAACAUGAUGUUGACAAAAACAACAAUUGGCACUUUGAAAAUGGCUGGAACUUUUAUUCAGGGGCAAGUGUCACCAUAGCCAGCUUAUCCUCACAAAGCCUAGUGUGAGCUCCUGGGUGACAUUUCACUCUGACAUUUUUAGCCAUUUGUCCUUUUGGGAAGACCCCUUGCACUGCUGUGGUCUAAUGUGGGCUUGAUCCCUGAGGGCACCUUCUCUAUACAAGGGACGGCAGCGGGCCUUUCUGUGAGAACAGAGUUCAGGGUUCUGGGCCUGGCUGGCAGAGGAGCCCACCGCUGCCUUAGCUCACUCACCCAGCUACUCUCAGGGCCUCCUGUUUCUACUACUUCUUACUAAAUGUUAACUUUAUAGAAACGUUUCUCUGUUGGGUGUUGCAGCAGAGCGGUGAUUCUGAGCCUCUGCCCCGAGCAGACUUCCUUCCUGAUUAAACAUCUCUG